CUGGUCCCCGAGCACGUUGUCAUGACAAAGGAAGAAGUGACUGAGCUGCUGGUGGUGAAGAUCAUCAGACCGAGCGAGACCGCGGGGCGUUACAUCACCUACAGGCUGGUGCAGUGA